AUGACCAUCCCACUAUCAUGUGAUACAUGGGGCUCCCCCGCUCCCCCGCUCUUAGGGUUCCCCCGCCGCCGCCAGCGGCUCCCCCGCGCGGAGCCGCCGCCGCGGCGACCGGAGCCCGCCGGAGCCGCCAGCCCCUACCCCCUCCCGUUCCCCUUCCCCCCCUUCAUUCUCCCGUACCCCCGCGCCGCCUCCCCGAGCGAGGCGGCCGGGGGCCCUUCCACCGCGCUCCUCCAGCUCUCACCCGCUUCCCUCCCUCCUCCCGCCGCCGUCAGCGUGCGCCGCUGGCCCUCGGUGUCGCGCGGUGCUGGCGGCGGUGGGCAUGCCCUUCCCCGCGCGCGGCCCUCCCCUCCUCGGGCGGUGAUGGGCGGCGGCGGUGCGCCUCGGCCGGCUUCGGUGCUGCCCGUCGGUGGCGAUGCCUCGGGCUGCGGUGGUUCUCGACACGGCGGUGCAGCCGUUGGCCGUGGGGCGGCGCGGUGGCGCUGGGCUUGGCGGCGCCCGCCCUGCCCAGAUUUAGGCCUUGGGCCUCAUCUGGGUUGGGCGGGCCGGUGGCUCGGCGUUCGGCGGCGUCGUUCCCUGGUGGUGGCGUGGUGGCGGCGGUCUCGGGCGGUGAGGGCUUCGUUGAUCGGCGCGCUGCAGCAUGGUGACAGGACUGUCCGGGUCCAAGUGGACCCGGCCGGGCAUUCGGUGCCCGGCAAGUCCUUGUCGCCGCGUCCGGUCGGCCCCGCUGAGGCGGUGGAGGCUGUUCCCUCCCUCCGGUCGCGUUGCGAUCGCUCCCGUGGCCGUUUUUCCCAUUCCAUCUCCAGGUCUCGUGUUGGCAGCUCCAGUGAGGCGGCGAGGGUUGCCCGGUAA